AUGUGCUCUCGAGCUGUGGCCUCGUUUUUCUGGCUCGGCAUGACCCCGGCCAUCACUGAAGUGCGGACCCGCUGUCAGUCAUGCAACCGCAUGGCACCUUCCCAGCCGAGUGCACCUCCCACCCCUCCAAUAGCACCGGCAUACCCGUUCCAAUGUAUUGCGGCGGAUUAUUUUCAUCAUCGAGGCCACAGCUACCUAGUUGCAGUCGACAGGUACAGUAACUGGCCUAUCGUUGAAGAAGCCUCCCAUGAACUGACAUCGGACGGAGGCCCAGAGUUCACGUCCCUGGCAACCUCCACCUUCCUUUGCAACUGGGCUGUCCACCACAGGGUCUCUUCAGUCGCCUUUCCCCAAUCUAAUUGUCGCGCUGAAGUUGGAGUAAAGACAGUGAAACGGUUGAUCGCUGACAACACAGGUGCCCAAGGAUCUUUAAACACUGACAAGUUCCAGCGCGCAAUGCUGCAAUACAGGAACACUCCUGAUCGUGACACCCACCUAUCCCCAACGAUGUGUAUCUUUGGACGUCCAAUACGGGACUUCAUCCCCAUCCACCCAGGGAAGUAUCAGCCUCACAGUACCUGGCGUGAAACCAUUCUGUCGCGAGAGGAGGCACUGAGGAACCGGCACAUGCUCACCGCUGAGCGCCUCUCUGAGCACACUCGCAUCUUACCUCCACUCGUCGUCGGUGACUGUGUGCGCAUACAGAACCAAACGGGAACCCACCCGACCAAAUGGGACAAGACGGGCAUUGUAGUCGAAGUACGUCAAUUUGACCAGUACGUCGUUCGAGUGGAUGGCUCUGGCCGCGUCACUCUUCGCAACAGAAAGUUCCUCCGCAACUACAUGCCUGUGGUCCCACGCUCACCACUGACAAUGAUCCCGGGUGGCACCUCACCACCACAGUCAGUGCCUCAGAAUAUUCACACCCCCGAGCAUACCAAGCCCAGCGUGACCUCGCCGCCCUCUCCUUGCCCGGAUCUACCACAACCAGCUGGCGUUCAGGACCCCCCAACACACGAUCCAUCGAUGCCUACUGUCCCCGAAUCCGGGCAAGAAUUAGCACCUGAUCCACGCCCUGCUGUCGAGACGGUGGUUCCACAACCUCAGGCUCAAGCCACCCCGCGUGCUCUACGUUCGCUCCAGCCGCACAACGCCCCUGGCAUACAAGAGCAAGAUGCUCCCAUAAGCGUGAGCACACCUCCAGGCGUCACUCGGCGAUCAGCAAGGCUAUUGGCCAGACAGAGCCCCAAGCCAAUUGACUCCAAAUCUUAG